UGUGUACAGUUUGCACAUAAAAGUCACCCCACCCUAUUCCCUCACUCACUCCUUACUAUCAUCAUAUCAUAUGCACCUUUUCUUUCUUAAAACUUAAAAACAAAAUCACAAAACCUUUCCUUUUAUUUCCCUUACCAAAACCACUCACCAUUACUCCUCAUUCUGACACCCCUUUUCUUUUCUCAUUUUCUCUUUCUCCAUCCCAAUGAAAGAGCUAACCGUUGAACCUGAACCCAUCCAUGGACAUGGACAUGGCCAUGGUCAAGGCGUUGCACCAUCAGAGAUUGGUAAAGGUAACUCCACUACUAGACCUGACUUACACAACAGGGCUGUCAAAAUUCUAAGAGCCAGAGAAACUUAUAAUGGUGGCUACAAUGAUGAAGUUGGUGAAAAGCCUUCUAGAUUUGAAGUCUUUGGUUGGUACCUUUAUGAGUUUUGCUUCUACUUUGUUCAAACUGUUCUUGUCCCUGUUGUUUUCCCUCUCAUUAUCAGUCAGCUACAGAAACAGCCUACUGUUUCACUUCAAGAAUGGAACAAGACUCAUCCUGGUACUCACUGCUCACAAAAGGAAUUUCAUUUGUAUAGCAAACUCACUGGACACACUAUAAGUUCAAAGUUUUCACCAUUGGAAUGGACAUCAAUUGCUUGGGCUAUAGGUCUAGCCAUAGCUGCACCAAUCCUUGGUUUCCUUUCGUUCCAUCUCGACGGAAAUUUCCCAAAACUCAUCACGGUAGCGGCAACGGGUGUUGGAGUUUUCUUCUGUCUUCCAGCCGGAUUCUUCAAAGUUACAGCCAUUUUCAUUCCCUACAUUGCUGGUAUCAUAGCAGCCAGCACGGUUGCGAAUGCUGCUCACACGCAACAUUUUGGCCUCAUGAUUCGCGCUUUCACUGGAACAUCUCUUAAGAAGACACAGUUUUUCAUUAGACAAGGUGUUUCUACGCGCCUCUCGCUUCACGCUACUUCUGCUGGAUGUUUUGGCGGGGCUUUGAUUUCGGCUUUUACUUACCAUAUGAUACAUGAACUCAAUGACAACGAGCGCGAUGUUAUGAGUCUUUGGGUUGUUUCGAUUUUCAGUGGACUAAUUUGGCUUGUUGGGAUCUUACAUUUAGCUACAGCUACAAGUAGAACCACUGAUUCGAUCUCGUUUUCUUCGAGGCUUCACCCUUUUUCCAUCUUCAAAUAUCCUCAUGCUAUUGGUGGUCUUGCUAGUGUUUUCCUCGCGUCGUUUACAACGAUGACGAUUUUCAUGGGCGGUGUGAUUUUCAUUGUUGGACAGCUUUGCAUUAGGCCACUGCAUUUGCUUUUGUUCUGGUUAACCUAUUUCCUCUUCCCACUCGUUUCGCUGUCGCUGCUUCAACCUUUGCUUCACUUGAUUAAGACAAGCUCGGUUAAAAUGCAGAUCGUCGGGUUCUUUUUCUCGCUUCUAUCAUCCGGGUUUGGAUUCUACUACGGACACAGUCACUGGAAAUGGGGACACUUGGUUCUUUUUGGUGCCAUUCAGAGCACGGCAACAGGCAUUCUCCACGCUUUCGGUCGGGUUUUGGUAUUGGAUUGUGCUCCAUCAGGCAAAGAAGGUGCUUUUUCGAUAUGGUAUGCGUGGAUGAGAGCUGCAGGGUUAUGCGUUGGGUUCACAGUCGGUUCAGUUGGGCCCGGACGGAUUAGAACUUCAUUCGGAGUCGCGUUUUGCACUGCUAUAGCCGGAAUUGUCGUGUUACUCUUCGGAAAUAUCAGCGAUGCUGGUGGCGCCGCUGCUGCAGGGAACGUAACCGACGAUAACGAAAGAAGUUCCGCAGUUGUUUCUGGUUUGGAUUCGAAAGAAGCAGCUCGAGUUUGAAUAUUAACCGAAUUAAUAAAAAAAACUAAUGAAUGAAUGGAUUGAAAGGAUGGAUGAAUGGUGGUGCAUGGUAUAUUGUCUAUGCAUGAUAUGAUUCUUUGCAAAUGUGAUGUUAAUGCAUGCAACAGCAACAAAAAAUGGGGGGUUUAUUUAUUUUGUAUGAUUGAUUUUAGUUAGGUUUAUUUUGUUGCAGAGUGCUUAUUAUGUUUAAUUUUUUUUUUUUAAUUUUCUGUUGAAGAUUUGGAUUCUGACAUGUGUAACAACUGUGUUAUAGUAUUUUGUCAUAUUUGUUUCUCAUAAA